AUGGGAUACAUGCGAAGAAAUGUCGCCCUUUUGCUGGUUGUGCUAGGUGGUAUCGUUCCAGAAUGGGCACUGCUUGUUGCAGGCCGCAUUGUCGGUGAUAAUGUUGCUGGUUCAAAUGUGUUGUACACCGAUAUACCUCCACUACUGUCCCAGAUAGCUGACCAGACGACUCCGAUGCAUACGGCCGUUGGUGAGCCACCAAUUCCCGUCGGUAUUCGCGAAGGUGCGACAGGUGUUUCGAAACCUACCAAUCUGCCCAAUGUCGACAACCAACCGGGAAGUGACGGCAAUGGAGCUACAGAACCAUCUGCUACGGUACCGAUGGCAUCCAGUAGCUCACCGGUCUCAUCUUCCGUACCGAUCGGUGGGUCUGGUGUGACCGUGGCCUCAAGCGGAGGAUCAACUACUAGCACCAGUACGAUCGCGGCUACGACCUCAUCCACCGUGCCACAGACCACAACGUCCAGUACGUCGAGUACGAUCACGACCCAAACGUCCACUACGACUACUUCCACUAGCGCACCGAACGCUGUUGGUGUUCCCCCAGCCACCUCCACAUCAAGUAAUUCGCGUACCGUUCCAGCCACACCACCGAUUGAAUGCUAUCACGCGCAACCCGAACUCUGCGCGGAAAGAAGGAGUGGCGAUUGUGAGUGUAGUAUCGAUCCACUCGUACCGGCCGCCCUGUACUGUUGCAACGUAACCGACAUUAACAAAGCGAUCGGGUGUGUUACGAACGCACCGGAAACGGCCAGCUGGAAGUAUCUCCAUAUGCGCAAUGUGACCGUGCGCGAGCUGGCACUGAAUGUGUCGAAUCGGUACAUCAAGACGCUACUAUCGCUCGCCAUUACCGACGGUACGAUACAACGCAUCAGCACAUCGUUUGCGCGGUUCUCAUCGCCCGUCUGCCUUAAUGUGUCCAACAACAACAUUAGCGAGAUUGAGCCACGCGCCUUUCGCGAAUUGCGUAACCUCACCAUGCUCGAUCUAUCGUACAACAAUCUGUCCACCAUACCGUCCACGAACGGAAAGUUCCGGCUCGAUAUACGUGGUAACGUUGGGAUGCUGUGCAAAUCGUUGCUGGAAUCGCUUAAAAGUGGUGUCAAGUUUAAGGAUCCGGAAUCAACCUUCUGCCUAACGAAUCGCACCUUCAACUGGUUUAACUCGACGGACAGUUUGCCGCUGCAUCAGCUCGAAACGAUCCAGCGCGUGCAGGAUGAAUGUCCGGAAAACUGUACUUGUGAACUGGACCGGUUAAACUUCGAUCUGAAUAAUACGGAGCGUAAAACGAUCACCACGCGUGUCGCCUGUACCGGGCUCGGGCUGACCAAGUUCCCCGAUCGACUACCGGCCGGUACGGUAACGCUCAACAUCUCCAACAACAAUAUAACCAGCCUGGAGGCGUUAAAUACACCGCCGUACCAGUCACUGCUCCGUUUGCACGCGGACGACAACCAAAUCAGCUCGCUGAGCGAUCUGGAGGGUAUGGAUUUUAUCUCCCGCUUCACGCUCUUCUCGAUCCGGCGCAACAAGCUAAAGACCGUCCAAUCGUACAUCUUCACCAAAUCGCUCGAUCUUGGUUCAUACAUCUUCCUCGAGGGUAACCCGAUGACGUGCGACUGUAACGCGGCGAAGGGGUUCAAAAAUUGGCUGCUCAGCCGCAAGGCACAGGUACCCGACCACGAGAACAUCUUCUGCGAGGGCAACACCAACCUGCCGCAGCUGGUGACGAUACAGGAGAGCAAACUGUGCCAGUCCCAGCACGACUGGACCGACUACAUCUACUACCUGAUAACGACCGAGAUACUGCUGCUGAUGGCCCUCGUCUGCAAGGUGUCGUACGACUACUGGGUGUUUAAGACCGCCGGCUAUCUGCCGUGGCCGGCCAACAAAAUGCCCAAGUUGCCGUGCGAUUGUUUGUGCGAGUAA